ACGUCAUUGAAUAUUGUACAUGAGGUCGAGGCCACGCGUGGUAAGUUCACAAACAAAAUGGCGACUAGUAGCGAUAGCGUUGAACUCGAAUUUUGGCACAAAAAUAUAACAAAAAUACCCAAAGUUACAAACUCUUUUGUUGAGGAUUUUGCUGAGAAGAACCUACCGAUCAAAGCCACUGUAACAAGAGGAUAUAAAUUCUUUCACGAAGAAUAUAUUCACGAUAUUGAAGUAAAACUUUGCAAGGAAGAGGAUUCAGGAGUAGUGGCUCGGGCUAAAUGCUUCAGAAGUAUGAAAAAGAACGAAGAUCCUCACAAGUUGUCUGUUGUGUUCGAGAGCUCCUCUAUUGAGGCUAGCAUCAACAAGUAUAUGUGUAGUUGUGCUGCUGGACAAGGUCUUUGCCAUCAUGUUCUUGGAUUGCUCUAUACUCUUGCCCAUUUCCAGCUAUUAGGCUUAAAAAGUGUCCCGCCAAUGGUUUCUAAAACAUCAAAGGCACAGAGAUGGCAUAUCCCCAGUCGUAAAGAGGGCAUUAAAGCAAGGCCAGUGACAGAUUUGAUUAUACAAAAGUCAAAGCCAAAAGAUAAAUUGCAUGAACCUAAAAAGAAGAGAAAGGUGUGUGGUGUGGCAAGCACGAUCUACAAACCCUUCCAGCAAUCAUUAAGUAGCCUUGACUUGACUAGUGUGCUGUCGCCACAGUUUGAAAAUCUCAACAAUCAACCUGGAUUUAUGAGAAUAUGGGAAGAUGAACAAAGUGAGCCUCCAAUUUUAGUAGACUCGGCCUUUGGAAAGGUGCCAAAAGGCUGUGUCAUAAGCUAUCAACAGCCAUUGAAAGUUAAGAGCAAUAUUAACAUACAGCUACCUGCAUUCAACUUUCCAUCUUUAAGCUAUCCAGAUACAGUGCUCAAUGAAAAACAAGACCUUUUCUUCAGCUCCCUUGCAAUAUCAGGUCAACAGUCUAUUGACUUUGAAAUGGAGACAAGGGAACAGUCAACUACAACAGCAUGGCAUGAACUAAGGAAGUUUAGGCUUACAGCUUCAAAUUUCAAAGAUAUAUGCUCAAGAAGAAAAGACCAUGAAAUCCUUUCUACGCGUUUACUAAAGGGAAAAGUAAUCCAAACUGCAGCCAUGAAAUAUGGGAUACAAAAUGAGGGGGUAGCUGCUGAUAUGUACAAAACACAGUUUGGCAGAGACACUCACCUAGUAGGUUUUCUUAUAAACCCAUGUCUCCCACACCUAGGCUGUAGCCCAGACAGAAGAGUGUUUGACGACACUGAACAACAUCCAUGGGGCCUGAUAGAAAUAAAGUGCUCUCCAGCAAGUCAUCUGGAUAACCUUCAGUAUUUAAAGUUUAAUGAACGAAAUGGGUCAUAUUCAUUGAAGAAGACACACAAGUAUUAUUAUCAAGUUAUGGGAUGCCUUGGUUUAACAGGAAGUCAGUGGUGCGAUUUCUUUGUUUACUGCAAGGACGAAUUUCACUGUGAACGAGUAUAUUUUGAUGAACUUCUCUUUUCUGAAAUGCUGGACAAACUGAAUUUAUUUUUUUUUGAUUAUCACCUGAAUACAUGUGUUCAAUAAUUUAUUGUAUGUCUCUUAUACAAAAUAACUUCGUGCCUAAGUAACAAGCUAAUUGUGUGUGACAAAGUUUGGUGGGAAGUGGAGUAAAGACAUUUGAAUCAGCAUUCUUAAAAUGUUAAAAUGUAACAAGUCAAACCUAAUUAGACUCAGAACUUGUUCUAGUAAUUAUCAUUACACAGCUGUUUGCAGAAAUUAUUGCCACAACUUUAAAAACAUUGGGUUCAUGAUUGGUAAUUUAAUAGUUUUUGUAUUUUUUCCAAAAAUACAAUACUUAUGAUAAUUCAGUUUCAUUUAAGCCUAUAUGUCUGUAAUAUAUUGUAAGCGCCAUAAUUUUUACAAACAGCUGUACAUAUUUCAUUGUUUAUCAUGCAUUCAAAUACUGUGACUAAGUUGGGUGUAUUUCAAGCCAUUUAAUAGUUUUUUACUGUUAUUAAACAGAACAUUCUGUACAAACAUGAUAAAUAAAAAUACAUGAAUGACUUCAACAGGUUUUGUAUUUAAACCCCAAAAGGGCAUUUUUAUAAUAUUUGGCAAUAAUGAAAUUUGUGAAUAAAUGUAAAGUUAUUAAAUUCAUAAUUUUUUUUUCCAAAAAGCUAGUUUGAAAGCUUGCAUUGAAUCUGUAAAACAAAAAUAGUACUAACAAUAUAAUUUUUACUGAUUUUACUGUUUAUUUUAAUGCCUAACCAAUAUGCCAUGUACAUACGAAAAGGGUGCCCCUAGGGGAUAGGGCCACCCUACUAUUCACCCUUCCACAUCACAUGUUAACAGAUGGCAUAGUUCUUACCUAGGUUGGACCUAAUACGUAGUGUACCCUCACUCAAUGUCAACUAACUCUUAGUUGUUAAAAGUUGUUAGUACUAUUUGUAUUACAGAUCCUUACAUACUUUACUUUAAAUGAUGCUUACUCUUCCAUCUAUUUUACAACAAUUGUAUACAUAUUUAGAUAUAUUGCUUUUCAUGCAACAAAGGCCCCUGGAAAUUGGUAAUAAGACAUGCCACUGUCCAUAUUUGAUUAAUGCUGCCAGCUACUGUAAGAGGUAUAACUUUAUCAAAAUAGUGAAACUCUUUCACCCUUCUUAUGGCCCUUUCCACAUGGACUCUUAAAUUAUGUAUCUGUUUACUGGUUGAAAGUUCUUUCUUUGAAAAUUGACCCUUACUUGACAAAAAGGCAGGCAUUGCUACUCCACAACCUAUUGGCUUUAAUAGAUCCUCUAUAGUAAAUCCUUUAUCAGCCAUUAUUUGAUCACCUGGCUCAAGUAAAUUCAACAAACCUGAUUGCUUAACAAGCUCCUUGUCAGAAAUACUUCCUUCAAAAAGAGAACUUACAUGAAUAAUUUCCCCAGAUGGAGAUAUUACAACAUUGCCUUUGUAAGUUGUGUGGCUCUUAUAUGAUGAAUAGCAAUUGCUAUUCAAAACCAUACUAGAUGGUGCUUGUACCUUGAUCUCUGAGGCAUCAAUAAUACCACGGCAUUUAGGAUAUAACAAUUUAAAACACUUAGGCAUAUGUUUGUCAAUUUUUGCCCGAGAGGGCCAUAUAGGAAUGGUUCCCAAAACAAAAUAGAGAAAGUUAACCCAAGAAAUAAAAACUCUACUCACAGUUGAAAUAGAAAUAUCAA